GACUCUGAUAAUUGAUAAAAUGUUUAAUGCCCAUGCUUAUGUUACAUAUUAUUAAAGCUAUUUAUUAACUUCAACUCUAAAAAUAUAUCUUGUUAUAUGUUUUAAAAAUUUAGGUUUAUACAUUAUAAAUACUUGUAUUUGGUUUAUGCAAUAACGCUAUGGCGUUCAUAAUCAAUGCACUCCAAAGAUGUAAAGUUGCAAUUAAAUAUCAAUCACCAAUAAAUGAAGCUUGUAUGGGUGUAAUGCCCCAAAACCAGCAAGUACGUAAUAAGUGGCCUGAUCACAGAAUGAAAAAAGAUGCUCGCAAAAGAAACACGUUAAAAGAGUAUGGCAUUUAUAAGUUGCGAUACAACGCAAUUCGUAAAAAUGAUAUAAUUCCCCAAGAAGUUCAGGAAAUAGCUGACAAAGAAAUUUAUCAUUGCCCAAGAGAUGCUAGCAUAACCAGAAUUGUUCAGCGAUGUCAGAUCACAUCUCGUCCCAGAGGAAAUGUGAAACGUUGGCGACUAAGUAGAAUUAUCUUCAGACAUUUAGCAGAUUAUAAUAAAUUAGCAGGCGUACAAAGAGCAAUGUGGUAAACCAAGUAAAAACCCUGUCCGUGGACUACUUAUAUAAUAAUAUGUUUUAUUAUACAAAAUUAGACCUUAUCUAAAUAUUAGAAAACAAAACAUCCACUUGUGUAUAGCCUGUAAAUGUUAUAGUAACUUGGUAAAUACAUUAUUAUAUUUGAAAGCAACAAGUUAGAAACAUCGUAAUUUUUUCAACUCCUCAACAUCUUAAUAUUUCUAACAUAGUUUUUAAUUUCAUAUAGUUAAUUUAAUUAUAUGACAUGAGUUUUGUAACAAUAGUGUUUUUUCAACCAAUAUAAUACGUUUUAAUAUGUU